GGUUUCUUUAUGGCCACAAAUAGCACACACAAGCUUGAAGCAUGGCCAUGGCCGCCGCCACGGUGCCAUCGCCGUCUACCCGCUUUGCCUAGAAGUCUAGAGCGGCCACGGCCAUCUCCUUCAACCAACAACGCUAACGACACAGAAACCAAAAGCGACGGCCGCCGCAUCCGGACAGGUUCAGGGUGUCAUUACCCAACCCAAGACCCCGUUUUGGGUCAAGUCUCUCUUUUCAGAUCAUCACCGUCGCCUAGCCUUCCCGCUCAAGCCCUGACGAGGGAUCGCUCUCUCCAGCUUUCUUGUCGUGGUCCACCGGGGGAGGCCGCCCCCGAUCAUACCUAUGUUGCCUACGGAUACUCUGUGCUACCCCAAACCUGCGCCGCCGUCGCAGUCCCUGCAGAUGAUGGACUCGAACUUUCCCAGGACGUUUUUUAUCAAAUCUUUGGCGGUCUUACCUUUCGGUGCCCAGUGGCGCCGCUAGCAUCGUCAGGAGAACCCGUCGCCGUUUCCGUGAAGGAUCGAUCGCUUUGCUCUUCAACAAUUUGAAUUAGGUUCUGAUCCACGUUCUCAGUCUUGCUUCUCUCUCUCUCUCUCUCUCUCCA